CUACUGACUAAUUAUCCUGAGGCCGAGGCGAGCGAACCCGUCUCGGGCUUAUUUAGGGUUCAGGGUUCUCCUCGGCGGCGGCGGCCAUCUCUCUCGCCUAUUCCGAAGAUUUGGCUUCGGUUGAGCGGAGAAGCUCCGGAUUUCUCUUCGGGCAGUCGCCAUGAGCCGAUCGGGGCAGCCUCCGGAUCUGAAGAAGUACAUGGACAAGAAGCUCCAAAGCAAAUUUGGUCUGCGUGGAGCCAUGGACUUUUUGAUUGUUUAGAGCUUAGAAGUACCAAACAUGAAAAAAAUAUUCUGAAUGCAAACCGUGUUGUCAUUGGCACUCUUCGAGGAUUUGAUCAGUUCAUGAAUUUGGUCGUGGACAACACGGUGGAGGUUAAUGGGAACGAGAAGAAUGACAUAGGGAUGGUGGUUAUUAGGGGAAACAGUGUUGUGAUGAUUGAAGCCCUUGAACCUGUUGCCAAGCCUCAGUAAACUUUCAGCUUACCUAGUUUGCUUCAGUGCUUGAUCUGGUAGUGCCAUGUCAAACCUAGUUGUUAUUCCAGAUGUUUAUGUCAGCCGGCAUUUUGUAUCCUGACCUGGUUUAUAAGCGAGCUUGUGCACCUUUGUACAGAGUCUGCUUUAUACACUGUUAUGUCGCUGUGGUUCCA